AUGGCUAAUUGUGAACAUAUAGCCUUAAUUGACUGUAAUGAUUACAAAAAUAAAGAUAUGGAAUGUAUGUUGACAGCAACAGGGAUGAUUUGUUGUAUAUGUAAAGAACGUUUAAAAUUGAAGAGGCACAAACAUUUAAAGAUUAUAUAG